AUUGAUAUCAUCCAAUCCGCCAUGCCGCCGGCCGUUGUGUAUACAGACAUGGACGACUCGGCGGGUGUACAGGGUGGAAUCUUUGAUGGCUUGAAGUUUUUCAUUGUACAGCGUGUGCCUCAACGCUCACACUACGUCUCGCUGGUCGAGAGUAACGCCGGCUCGGUGGUCAAGCUCGAGGCUCAAGCUGACUAUCUGAUCGCCGACCAUGUACGCCAUGAUGCACCACCUGGUUCUUUAUCCUACAAGUUCAUCGAGACUGCCAUCAAAGAAGGCAGUGUACCGGAAGACGAGUCAAAGUUCCUUGCUGGACGCCCAAAAUCCACCAACCCAAUCACCACCAACACAUUAUCCUCAAGAAAAGCCACCAGAACUCCUUUUACCACUGACGACGACAAAAUCUUGUAUAAAUGGGUGCAAAAGGCCAAUAACAGCGGUCUAGCUCUUCAAGGCAACAAAAUCUAUCAAAUCCUGGCCGCACACAACAACAGGCACACUUACCAAUCAUGGCGCGAUCGUUAUGUCAAGGCCCUAGCCUCCAGACCUCCUUCUGGAUGGGAAGAUCAUCCAGACGAAAGCUUGCCUAGCUUGGCUUCUUCGAUUGCCGAUCUGUCUUCAACGGCCCUUCCUCGCUCUACACCGAUCGUGAGGCCUUCAACCUCGCCAAUGAGAACAAUUCCUAAAGCACGUGAGAAGUUCACAGACGAAGACGACGAGGAGCUAAUCUCCUGGGUGAGAAGAGCUUACAACAAAGGUGAAGCUCUCCAAGGCAACGAGCUGUAUAAGAAACUGGCAGCCAGGAACCCUCGUCACAGCUACCAAUCCUGGCGUGGUCAUUGGGUCGAUCUUCUCCAACACACAGUGGAUCUUGACGAAGAGGUGCCAGCUGAAGAUGAUGCCCCUGUUGCUCGGCCAUCCCCAUCCCCGGAGCCACCAAUCAGUCGGCCACCAGUGAAGCGUGCAGCUUUCAGAGUACCUCCAGCUGCCUCGGCAUCCGCUGCAUCACCACUGAAUCGUAGUCCGCAGUCUAUUGCACCACAUUCAGUGAUCGCUUCUGAGGAGACACCAUCUCAAAGUGUGCCUUCUGCAUCACGUCCUGCUACAGCCUUGAGACAGUCCGCGACAAGAGUUUCACCGCAAACCGUCGCCAGAAGCCCACUGCAGCCCCCUCAAUCUCGCCCUGCUACAGCAUUGAAGGAUCAGGCUAGCACUCCAGUGGCUACAGCUCCGGAUAUGGGCUCGCCGGUUACGUCUCAACAGAAGCAGUCGAAGCAGUCGACGCAAUAUCGUCAGCCUCAAUCACAGCCCUCUGCCAAUCACAAGUCUGCAUCGACUGAGCUUGAUCCUGCGAUUUACGACGACUCCAAAUUCACUGAUGAAGACUACGACCUUCUCCUGAACUGUGCGCUUGACAUUCAAAAUGUUCGCGUAGGCCGCUACCAAGAAUCCUGGAUGUCCUUUGCCGAAGCCUACUCCAAAUGUACCGCCAUUGAGUGGCGUGCUUACUACGAACGUCGUGUCUUACCUGUUGUGCUGCAGAACGAGGAUGAUCCAGAGUUUCAGAAGGGUCGAGGUGAUGGUGAAUGGGCCAGAUUCUGGCAGAAUCAGGGUCAACCUAUCAAAACUUUGCCGCAUCUGAAGAAGCGUGCUGCCGCUGAUGUUUCGAAGACCUCAGCGGAUAUUGUUGACGCUGAAGAUGAGACGACCCCUCGCGCAUCAAGAGCAAGUGCGUUGAACGAAGACCAGGAUAUGGCUGAUGUGUCCGACAUGUCGACCAAACGAAAAGUACAGAACGGUGAAAAUGCCGAGCAAGGACCUUCGAAACGCCGUCGCACAGAGUCACCACAAACUGUUCCUGCCGAGGCAGCGACUCCUUCAGGACCAGCUCAACAAGCGACAGUCAAAGAUGAUGAGAUUAUUAGUAUCUCCAGCAAAGUCGACCCGUCUUCGAGCUUCCUCGCUGAUGAAGAAGAGACAGCGCAUGAAGCUGAGGCAGCACAACAGCUGCGUCGAGAAAUGGAGGAAACUAGAGACGCCCGCCAUCAGUUGACCAGAGCAAAUCUCGCUCGUAUCGAAGCCCAGAAUGGGUUUUCUGAAGACGGAGAAAAGAGAGGCAUUGAUCUGGAGAAGGAUGAAGAAGAUGAUGACCAAGCGGACUUUAUCGAUGUUCUGGGAAGUCUUCUGCCACCCGGACUAAAAGAGAGAGCCAUGGAAGCAGCCGAGGCGCGUACUCAUCAAGCAGAUGAAGAGUACGCUGAUGAUGAUGAAGAUGAAGUUGAAGACGAAGACGUUCCAACACCGCAAGAACAGCCCAUGGAAGAACGCGUGUACGACCCAGCGUUCCUCGAGUCCAGCCCAGCACCAGAGCCAAAUUCCUACCAAUCAUCAGCAGAAUUCCUCGCCAACGACACUCAAAUGCAACUCGACCCUCCCGAAACACGACCCUGGGAAGCUUCUUCCGCGCCGUCUCAACCACAGGAAAAUUUCAGGCAAGACACUCAAGCAAUCUACGACGCCGAAACUCAACCUUUCGACCAGGACAUAGCGCCCCCACCCUCCCAAUUCGACGAUGAAGACCCAAAUCCUUAUUACAACACCGACUCCCAAGUUCUCGCCGACGACGAAGUGUGGCCCUGGGUGGACUCCCAGAUCGCCCUCGGCUUCUCCGAAGAAUUCAUAAAAGAAGCUCUCCGUGUCACAUCUCUGAACCCUAAACUCGCCAAAUUCGUCUUGAAAGCCAGAGGUGGAAGGGUCAAUAUGGCGGGCGUGUGGACGGAGGAGGAAGAUGCGGCAGUUGAAGGAGGAGAUGCCAAUGCUAUGAGGGUUUUGGAGAAGAAACAUGGGGUUGGUAGUGUGAUGGCGCGAUGGGACUUUUUGAAGGAGUGGAGGCAUGAUCAGGAGGUUGCUGAGGAUGAACAAGAUGUGGGAUAGAUGUGACGAGCAUAGACAUUUCUUCCUCUGUGGUCAAGCCUGUAUUACUCUGUUCUUCUUCCUGCCUCGAGCCGUGGUUAUCGUGUAGCCAAUAUUGAUGCGAGAGAACAAUAAUUAAAAUCGAGACACUAACCAUGUCUCGAUCAUGUCAGCACACUCACAGAUUUCCAAAUGAAUCUUCAAAGAGGAGGUGCUACCGCACUGUCGUCCUAAUCUACCACUCCAAUCUCAACAACAUCCUACCUUUCGACCGCUAGAUUUAGUUACCUUCUUGCAUCUA